AUGGCGAUUUCUCUCUCCACUACGAUCUUGCCCAACACCAUCCAACGCAGGAGAAUCACCAUUCUCCCUUCGCCACGUGUGAGUCGCAAUCUCGGCUUUUCCCUCUCCUUCAGACCCUGCAACGAAAGCAUCGAACUCUCUUCAUCGAGAAGAGUCAUCACAGCCUCCGCCGCCUCCGGUUCUCCUGGAAUUGAAUCUUCCACUGUUAGUGAUGAUACCACGAACUUAUUGGAUAGAGCGCAAGUGUUUGAUUUGAAUGGAAACGGGAUUCCAAUUUCUGAUUUGUGGAAAGAUAGAAAAGCUGUGGUGGCAUUUGCUCGCCAUUUUGGAUGUGUUUUUUGCCGCAAACGGGCUGAUUUGCUUGCCUCUCAGAAGGAUAGAAUGGAUGCAUCUGGGGUGGCACUAGUUUUAAUUGGACCUGGUAGCAUUGAUCAGGCAAAAGCAUUCUCUGAGCAAACAAAUUUCAAAGGAGAAGUGUACGCAGAUCCUAGCCACUCGUCAUAUGAAGUACUGGGAUUUGUUUCUGGAGUUUUAAGCACAUUUACUCCCCAGGCAGGUUUAAAGAUUAUACAAUUGUACAUGGAAGGUUAUCGACAGGACUGGGGGCUUUCCUUUCAAAGGGAUACCGUGACAAGAGGAGGCUGGCAGCAAGGGGGAAUCAUUGUUGCAGGUCCUGGUAAAAGUAACAUCUCAUACAUCCACAAGGACAAAGAAGCAGGAGACGAUCCAGAUAUGGAAGAUAUUUUGACUGCAUGUUGCUCAUGAAGCAGGAAAUGAGCCAGUGAGGCAUUUGCAGAGUGAUGCUGAUUUGUCAGGAGAUCACCUUCCUCGAUGGCAUCUGAAGCAAGUUCUGUAGAAACACGUAUUUUGUAUUAAUGUGAAGCUGUUGAUAGAGAUAUAUGUACAAAAUUUGGCUUCCAAACAUGCUGAUAUAAAUUACUUUGUUGCUCUUUUUUGUAGCCAUAUGAAUUUGUCUGAGCCAUGCAUAGUAUGUGAAGGAGAGAAAAAGAUCCCUGGUCCCUGUUAUGAUGCUAGCUCA